AUGGCUAGCUUCGGUGAGCUCGGGUUGUCAUCGUGGCUCGUGGAACAAUGUCGGCAGCUGGGUUUGAAGCAGCCUACGCCCGUUCAGCUCGGCUGCAUCCCCGCCAUCCUGGAGGGUCGGGACUGCCUGGGCUGCGCCAAAACUGGCAGUGGCAAGACAGCAGCGUUUGUCCUACCCAUCUUGCAGAAGCUCUCUGAGGACCCCUAUGGCAUCUUCUGCCUUGUCCUGACACCCACCAGGGAACUGGCCUACCAGAUCGCUGAGCAAUUCCGGGUCCUGGGAAAGCCUCUGGGUUUGAAAGACUGCAUCAUUGUCGGCGGCAUGGACAUGGUGACUCAGGCGCUGGAGCUGUCUCGGAAGCCACAUGUGGUCAUCGCCACACCAGGCCGCCUGGCUGACCACCUCCGAAGCUCUAGCACUUUCAGCAUCAAGAAGAUCCGAUUUCUGGUGCUGGACGAGGCAGACCGCUUACUGGAACAGGGCUGCACGGAUUUCACCACAGACCUGGAGGCCAUCUUGGGGGCGGUGCCAACCCACAGGCAGACACUGCUGUUUAGCGCCACACUGACUGACACACUUCGUGAACUACAGGGCCUGGCCACCAACCAACCCUUCUUCUGGGAGGCACAGGCACCGGUCCGCACCGUGGAACAGCUGGAACAACGCUAUCUGUUGGUUCCUGAGAAGGUGAAAGAUGCCUACCUGGUGCACCUGAUCCAGGGCCUUCAGGACGAGCACGAGGACUGGUCCAUCAUCAUAUUCACCAAUACUUGCAAGACCUGCCAGAUCCUGUGUAUGAUGCUGCGCAAGUUCAACUUCCCCACCGUGGCGCUGCACUCGAUGAUGAAACAGAAAGAACGUUUUGCCGCCCUCGCCAAGUUCAAGUCCAGCAUCUACCGGAUACUGAUUGCAACGGAUGUGGCAUCUCGAGGCCUGGACAUUCCCACAGUACAGGUGGUCAUCAACCACAACACCCCUGGGCUCCCCAAGAUCUAUAUCCACCGUGUUGGCCGCACAGCCCGUGCAGGGCGACAGGGCAUGGCCAUCACGCUAGUGACGCAGUAUGACAUCCAUCUGGUCCACGCCAUCGAGGAACAGAUCAAGAAGAAGCUGGACGAGUUCUCAGUGGAGGAGGCGGAGGUGCUGCAGAUCCUCACGCAGGUCAAUGUGGUGCGGCGGGAAUGCGAGAUUAAACUAGAAGCGACCAAUUUUGAUGAAAAGAAAGAGAUCAACAAGCGGAAACAGCUGAUUCUGGAGGGAAAGGACCCGGACCUAGAGGCAAAGCGCAAGGCAGAGCUGGCCAAGAUCAGGCAGAAAAAUCGGCGCUUCAAGGACAAAGUGGAACAGACACUACAGCGGCACAAGGCCAGCAGGGGGCACCCAGCCAGAGCCCAGCCGGGGACCCACACAGCACUGUCCAACCAGGGUCCAAGCUGA